GACAUGAACGGAGAUGAACCGAAGCCUGGAGACUUGAUUGAGAUCUUCCGUAACGUCUAUGAGCACUGGGCUGUGUACGUUGGAGAGGGCUACGUUGUUCAUCUUCUGGGACCAGAUGGAAGUCUUUCGUCCUCCAGCACCAUAAACCUUCCCAUUGGGAAGAACAACGUCCUGAAACAGAAGCUACUGGAGGUGGUGAGCACUGACGAGUGGACGAUCAACAACCUCCACGACCAGGAGAAACAACCCCGCCCUCCGGAGGUUAUCGUGAACGAAGCCCACAAACUCGUGGGCACAACUCGAUCAUACAACGUCGUCAACUACAACUGUGAACAUUUUGCAACUGAGCUUCGCUACGGCAACGCUGAGUCAGAGCAGGUAGAAGAAGCUGUGAAGGUCACACUUGGUGUGACUGGACUCUCAAUAACUGUGGGAGUCGUGAUCGUGGCUUUUUUACUUUGGAAGACUCAAAGGUCAUCAAGUAACUGAUGUAAAUUUUAAUUUUAAAUGAUUUAAACCCAUUUUAGAUUAUUUGAACAGUUUUAUUUUUGUCCAGAAGACAGAAGAAAACAGAUGUUUGUUUUGUAAAUGUCCAUUUUUUGUUACCUGAGCUUUAAGGUUGAUCAAACAUUAUUAUGAAAACACAUUAAAUAUGAAUCAUUUAAACUCA